AUGCAUCUCACCACAGUCGUUUCACCUUUGGUUCUGGUCAUGGCCGGUCUCACUGUCGCCGCCACGGUCGACGAUUUUCACAAGGGUCACAAGCAUCCCAAGGGCCACAAAGACCACGGUGCAUCAUCCGCCCAUUGCCGAGAUGGAUGCCACGACGCCUUUUCCGGGCUCUUAGAAGUGGCCGCCACACAUACCUUGGGUCCUGUGACGCGCGCAGCGCGUGCCAUGGCAGCUUCAGUUCCCGACGACCAGAUCAAGUUGGCCGCUCGUUCGGUGAAGGACGAAUACAAAUGCGCCUCGAAACACACUCAAACCAAGGAGAUUUGUCCUUCGAAUGAGACAACUUGUUACACUGUCGAAGAGCUACAUUUUGUCUGGCAGAUCCGCGAAGAGUGUGAUAAAAUACCCGAGUUCAGCGACGUCUUUAACAACGCCACCUCUACAGUCACCAAAGGUCAACUAAACGGUGACCACAAAUGCAUCUGGAAGAACACUCGCCAUUACGAGCUUUGCCCUUCAAACAAUACGCCUUGUUCCAAUAAGGAGUCGAAGGAUGUCUACUACAGCGCCGAAGGGUGUGACAAAGACCCUGAUUUCAUCGCGAUCUUUGGCAGGAUCUCGGACGCGGCCUCUGACAGACCAUCUACAGUCAACGAAGCUUCUUCAAUCAAGGUCAAUGAUACUCCCGGGACGCUCCAAGCACGUGCCGUGGCAACUCCCAACGCUUGGGACGACCUUGGCCCUGUGACGUUCCGCACCGAGAGGCCUGAGAUGGCCGUUCAUGAGAUUGAUCCCCGCUCGGUCUCGACGACAACGACGAUGGGCAGAGAGACGACGACAUAUGCCACUACCACCACCGAGGAGAUUGAUGUCAUGUCAGUCAUUGUAAUCACCGACACAACUUCAACCCCUUCUACGACCACCACAACGUCUACCAGUUCAGUUCCAACUGGCCCUCCCAUGACGACAAUCUCCAACAUCAAGCCCGGCUCGAACACAUUUCAGAUGCCCGCGCAGUCAGCGCCUCCAGUUGUCGUCAUCGUUGCUCCGUCGGAGUCGUACUCAGUUGCUCGCACGGUUGAGACUCUCUGGUCCUCGGUCAUGCAACCCGUCAAUAUAGCCACCGCUACAGUGACCAGGGACGUUAGUCUUCUCAUCCCUGCUCAAGCAGCGACUUCCACCGCGAAGGCCAACGGUGCUUCAACGAUGCAAUCAGGGGCUGGUUUCACUGUCAUGGCAGGUGUCGGUGCGUUGGCCGCUUGCUUCAUGAUGUUUUGA